GUUUGUUUGACUUGUGAAGCAGAGUAUGUGAUCACCAUAAAGGCUGCAUAAAAUGUCAAGGCGUUACAGCAAUUAAAAGUAGGUCUUGGUGAUGAAUUCGCUAUUUCACAUCUGUUCAUUAGCUUUGAUUUCGAAGCAAUCUUGACACGAGAUAGAGAUAAGCCAAGUGGGUUUCUAUAGAAAGACUCUCCGUGAAGCAGGUGUUGGACUUUUGUGAUGAUUUCUCUGUAACUUUAGCUCGACGAAGGUCAUUCCAAUGAUGUUUGGUAGAACCAUUAGUGGAUGCUUCCCAGGAUACAAUUCAUGGCUCCGACUGGAUAAGCCCUUCUUAUAAGGCCUUGCAGAGAUUUUUUUUUUUUUGGUGAGCUGAUGAACACCAAAUACUGACGUGGUCUUUGCAGGGUCAUAUAAAUCUUGUGUUUAUAAUCCAUGCGUCUAUCUAUCAGUAUUGCGCCGUGGACGUCAAGUUGGUGUUGCUGGCAUGUAGCCUUUCAAGAAAAGGGCAGGUCGUAUUUUCCCCAACGCGAGUGUUGUGUUGCAGUCGCAGUGGAUGACACAUGAAAGUGGCGCUGAGGCAGCCUCAAGACUCUUUUCGCUCCUUAUAUGUCUGAGGAGCGCUUUUCCAUCUCAUGGUGCAUGCAAGGGCCUUUCCCCAAACACCACUGCACUUUAUUUUGAAGGAUGUCUUUGCAAAUGUGUUGUAUUUUGUUUGAACUAGACUGGGCAUCACAAAGUUUGGCUUUGUUGCAUUUCUUUUAUCCACGUUGUGUGUCAACAUUUCUCGCAUACAAACAUGUAUUGACAGUGCCCAACACGGUGGAGAGUGUCUUGCUAUGCUUGACGCUCUUCCCCUCUGUUUCUCUGCCUCACUAUUUCCCAUCUCAUGAUGCUCUUUGGCCCACAAGUUGGAACUUCGUUUUUUUUUUUUUUUCAAUCCUCCAAUUGCUUUUGCAGAUACACCAUUGUUGCUGGUUAUCAGUUGGCAGUGCUGAGACAUGCACACCUGAUUUCAGCAUUUUGGACCAAAAUAGCAUCAAAAGAUUUGCUGUAACUUGAGAAUCGGAGAAGCCGAGAAAAUCUGCCUCACCGCAUCGGUUCCUCUUCUAACUGUCAGAUCUCUCAGAUUGUUUGCUUCUCACUGUCCUGCUGCCUUUCUCAGUUUAUUUUGAGCCAUACAGUACCUUGCCUCCUCAUCCCUAAGCCACCAUAAAUCAGAGGCAUAAAUGCUGUUGUUGUUUUCGUAACCUGGUUGUCAUUUUAAUGGUGUUAGUGGGCGGUCCAGAAAAUAAGAAAAGAUCACUGUGUGACCGGGUUAGCGUGUCACUUCUUGGGUAACCCGCUACCCAGCUGGCACUUGGGGGUAGCAUUGCAUCGUAAUGACUCAUGUUGACCGGGGGGCGGGGGGUCAUUUGUAGUCACGUGACUGACAGGCAACCCCGCUAUCACCCUGGAAACCAGAAGCGCCCGCCGCCCUUAUCCGAUCAUGUCAGGAAUGCUGGCUGUCACUAGGCUCAGGCUAUUUCUGCUGUCUGUCGCCAGUGCUUGGUAGUGCUGAGAACCUGGGGAACACGGACCCUUUUUUACUCAUUCUUUUCCACCCCCCCCCCCCCCCCCCCCCUUCAAGUGUUGUGUGGUUUGCUGCUCUUGUUUUUGCGGUGUGAUGUUCUCCCCCCGCUCCCCUCCUGUCAUAUUUACUUCUGGAAGGAAAGUUGUGGAAGGGACUCGAGGUGGGUGGGACCUAAUGGGAGCGGGGCUAGAGUGAGAGGAGGAAAAACGGGGAUCAGUCCUCUGGCCGGCCAAAAGAAGGACGUGUGCGACUCUUGGAAGACGGGACAACCGCACAGCCCUUUGGAGGGAACCGAGGCUGUCAGACGGGACGUAAAAAAUGGCUCGUCUGCGUCUGUAUUUUGGCUCCAACCGCAGCAACACCGCCCCGGAGAUACUGGAAGGAGAGGCAGACGAACAGAAUGGAGACACUGAUGUCGCCACGGCGCUCAACACUCAACCACCUUCUCAGGAGGCCGUGGAGCAGCCAGCUCCGCCACGGGCGUUUGGUUCGCGUCCUGAACCGCUGCUCAAACGCAGUUCUUCGAUGUUCAUACCCCAACUUGCAGCCUAUGCCGAGCCGCGGCCCACAAAAAGCUCCUCCAUGCUCAUCUCACUUCAGCGCUCUGAUGGUUUAAGUAAUGAGGAUUCCAGUGGCCACGCUGAUGAUGUCCCGCCACCCUGCUAUACUCCUCCGGGACCGGUGCCUACAUACACCGAAGCGUCGGAUCAAUUAGACGUUCCGCGACAACCGCCUCCUCCUUACUGCAGCCCAGAUCUUUCCAACUCGCAAAUAUUUGCGACAGAGCCAAACUUUCCAAAGCGCAGGGUCUUCAGCAUUGGUUCAAACGGUCAUAAUGUGUACAACCGAGGACAACAAGGUAUCAGUGUCGGUGGCAUUCGUAUUCGGAGGAACUCAACCGAUGGUUCCGACAUACGCCAUCUUCGAAUUUUACCUUAUGGUAGUUCUGGAUGGACUAUGCAGCAGCAGUCCCCUGCUUCGAAUAGUGGACCACAACGUCUUGUGUUUCAGCUCCAGCAAAACCAGAAUCAAGAUCUGAACCAGUGCAGGAAUCAAUCGGAUUCAACCCAGGAGAAUCACACCAACGUAGAUCUUGUAAGGUCAAGCAGUGGCCGUAUUUUCCGUUACCCCAGAAUUAGACUGCAAAGAGGUUCGUCUCCACUUUUGGUGGAGAACGCACCCAACAACGUAACGGAUAGCCAGACAGCUGGGCAGGAUAAUCAACCAAUCGAGGAAAAUCUGAGAAAGGACACACAAUCCAAUGGUUGUACUUUUACAAUCAGUGGAGAUCCCCCGCCAAGGCAGCCCCAUCUCAAGAUUUACUUCAACUCAGGUGGAGCUGGAGAUCAGGAUGUGAUCCUUGGCAAUGACUCAACAACUAAUUCCAAGGCCUCUACCAAGAAUGGGCUUUUCCACAUCGGACAGACCAGAGAUGAUUUCUUAGGACAAGUGGACGUUCCUCUUAGUCAUUUGCCGACGGAGGACCCCGCUUUGGAGCGCCCCUACACGUUUAAGGACUUCCUGUUACGACCCAGGAGUCACAAGUCUAGAGUGAAGGGUUACCUGCGUCUGAAGAUGGCCUAUUUGCCCAAACAAGGAGGACAUGAAGAGGAAGCUGGGGACAUGAGGGAGGAGGCAGAGGGGUGGGAUGAGCCUGCGGAUUCGGGUUCGCAGCGACCCCAACAGCUGUUGCCACCAUUGCCGCCAGGCUGGGAAGAGAAGGUGGACAACCUUGGACGCACCUACUAUGUCAACCACAACAAUCGUUCCACGCAGUGGAAACGGCCCUCCAACAUGGACGUGAUUUCAGAAACUGAGAGUGACAAUCGCCAGCGUCAGAUCCACCAGGAGGCACAUCGUGUCUUCCGUUCAAGACGCCACAUCAGCGAGGACCUGGAGAACGAGCACAUGGAGCCGCGGGAUGUUAUUGACAAUUCCUGGGAGCUAAUUACGGAGGAAGAACCUAAUGACAGCCUGGCCCAGUCCCAUCCGGGCACGUCAUCCAUGAUGACCCCACAGCCCCCGCCGACGCCCGUCCCCCAGGAAUUCUCUGACGAUUUGAGCCUGAGGCUGUCUUUCACCCCCGACACCAAUGGCGAAGUGCCUGGGCCCAGCACUGUUCUGACCCAGCUAUCAAACCGACUGCGCUCCUCCAGUAUGACUGAUGGCGUUAGCGAUCAGGCCCAACCUCCUCCUCUUGCGCAGCGUUCCCAUUCCAGAAGAACCAGAGCUCAAACUGUCUCAGGUGGUGAGGAUACCACGUCUCCCACAGCGGCCGUGUUCAACCUGACCACCCCGGGCCUACCCCCUGGAUGGGAGGAGCGGAAGGACGGCAAGGGGAGAACUUAUUACGUCAACCAUAACAACCGCACCACUACCUGGACUAGGCCAAUUGUGCAGCUGACUGAAGAUGGACCUAGCACCUCAGCGGGCGCCGCGUCACCGUCGGGAGCGACCUCUGCCCUGACACCUGCCCCCUCCCCCUCUUCCAAUGCCUCCUCUAAUGCCUCCAACAACCACCUCCAUGAGCCCCAAGUCAGACGACCACGUAGCCUCAGCUCCCCCACUGUCACCCUCUCUACCCCCUUGGAGGGGGCCAACAACAUCCAGGCGCGGCGGGCAGUGAAAGACACCUUCUCCAACCCUCAGUCCCCGCAGCCGUCGCCCUACAGCUCACCCAAGUCUCAGCACAAGGCCCAGCAGAGCUUCCUACCGCCGGGCUGGGAGAUGAGGAUAGCCCCCAACGGACGGCCUUUCUUCAUCGACCACAACAGCAGAACCACCACCUGGGAGGAUCCCAGGUUAAAGUAUCCGGUCCAUAUGAGAAAUAAGAACUCCAUGGAGCCUGGUGAACUCGGCCCGCUUCCUCACCUACCAGAGGAGCCCGGGUGGGAAGAGCGAGUUCACACAGAUGGACGCACCUUCUACAUUGACCACAACACAAAGAACACACAGUGGGAGGACCCUCGCCUUCAGAGUCCUGCUAUCACUGGACCCGCUGUUCCAUAUUCCCGAGAGUUCAAGCAAAAGUAUGACUACUUUCGGAAGAAGCUAAAGAAACCGGCUGACAUCCCCAACCGCUUCGAGAUGAAGCUCCAUCGCGGCAACAUCUUUGAGGAGUCGUACCGUCGGAUCAUGUCGCUCAAAAAGCCCGACGUCUUAAAAGCACGCCUGUGGAUCGAGUUUGAGUCGGAGAAAGGCCUGGACUACGGGGGCGUGGCCCGAGAGUGGUUCUUCCUCUUGUCCAAGGAGAUGUUCAACCCCUACUACGGUCUCUUUGAAUACUCUGCCACAGACAACUACACCCUCCAGAUCAACCCAAACUCUGGCCUGUGCAAUGAGGACCACCUUUCUUAUUUCAAGUUUAUCGGACGUGUGGCGGGAAUGGCCGUCUUUCAUGGAAAGCUACUCGACGGCUUCUUCAUACGACCAUUCUACAAGAUGAUGCUGGGUAAACAGAUCUCCCUGAAUGACAUGGAGUCUGUGGAUAGUGAAUACUACAAUUCUCUCAAGUGGAUCCUGGAAAACGAUCCCACUGAGCUGGACCUGCGGUUUUGCAUCGACGAGGACAACUUCGGACAAACAUACCAGGUGGACCUGAAGCCCAGCGGCUCGGACAUGGUGGUUACCAAUGACAACAAGAAGGAAUACAUUGAUCUGGUCAUCCAGUGGAGGUUUGUGAAUCGGGUGCAGAAGCAGAUGAAUGCCUUCCUGGAGGGCUUCACCGAGCUCAUCCAAAUAGAUCUGAUCAAGAUCUUUGAUGAAAAUGAACUGGAGUUGCUCAUGUGCGGCCUGGGCGACGUCGACGUCAACGACUGGCGACAGCAUACAGUUUACAAGAACGGCUACUGUCCCAACCACCCGGUCAUCCAGUGGUUCUGGAAGGUUGUCCUCUUAAUGGAUGCCGAAAAGAGGAUCCGACUUCUACAGUUUGUUACGGGAACAUCGCGGGUGCCCAUGAACGGCUUCGCUGAGCUUUAUGGCUCAAACGGUCCUCAGCUGUUCACUAUUGAGCAAUGGGGAACGGCGGAUAAGCUGCCCAGAGCCCACACGUGUUUCAACCGUUUGGACCUUCCCACCUAUGACUCAUUUGAGGACCUGCGAGAGAAGUUGCUUAUGGCUGUGGAAAACGCGCAGGGCUUCGAAGGAGUUGACUAAAAGGGGUGGGGGGGGCCUCCGUGAGGGGGACAAAAAAAAACACCACAUCCGAUUUAUCGGAAUUGACAAACGGGAAAUACAACUCAAAAGCGUCCAAAUCGGCGUCGUAGCGUGUGCUUAAGCAAACGCCGGACCGUUAGCCAUACCCAACUGUACAGCGAGUCGACAGGCCGACUUUCAACGGAGGGCUGUGGGGGAUGUGGUUCUAUGUUAAGGCACAGCCCCCUCGUGAUCCCAGCGGGGAGGAGAGAGAGUAUUUAAUCCCCUGGCAUGAGCAUGAAAUACCAUCCCAUCACCACUACACCCUGUGGAAGCACUACGACUAACCUACUAACAUUUUAUUAUUCUAGCUAGCACAGCAGCCAAGGCCGUAACGUGACUCCCGAUAUCGGAUUACUUUAGCAAUCCAACUAGCCAAUCUCACUUCAGGAAAUAUGCUAUGCCCCCCCCCCACCCCCCCUCCCUCCUAUGUUGGCACCCGAGCCUUUUUGUCGAUUGAUGAUUUCUUUUUUUAUUACAUAUGUAGUUGUUGUUUUGUUUUCCUUUUUUUUUUUUUUUUAAAUCCGCGAUAUGAUUCCGUCAGGAAGUAUGAUGUCUUUGUACUGAUGUUUACUAUUUUGGACAAUUCUCAAAUAUCACGCAAAGUGAAGUUGAAAUGAAAGGGGGGGGGACUUUUUUUCUUUCUACAGUGAUUAAUAGCAAACAUGUUUAAAAACUCAAUGUUUGUUUUUUUUAAUUUUACUGUUAUAGCCACUCUAAAUAUCAAAGUGCACCGAAAAGCAACAUGAAAACGACAAAAUGGAUGUUGCGUUGGCUCUUGAUUCGGAGAUUUGGGGCUAGUUUCUGUGAGACUAUCAAGAAUAGUCCUGGCUUGUUCAUAAUGCUGUAUAUUGGUCUUUUUUGACAGUAUAUAAAUGUAUGUAUGCUUUCAUUUAAUAAGUAUUACCGAUCACUAAAAAUGAAGUGUGCGUGUGUGUGCGUGCGUGCGUGCUUGCGUGUGCGUAUGUGUGUGAGAGCGAGAGCAAAGAGACAAGCUGUGAUUUAAAACUCUUGAAUAUUAAGCAGCACGUUUCAUACAAAAAAUUUAAAUUAAUAGAACUUUUUUCUAACACCAUGGAACCUAAAGGGCACUUUAUACAUCACUGAGGUCACCUGUGUCGUCAACCUUUGAAUGUGAUUCUACAUCUACAUAAGCAAGGCUUAGCCGGUGCAAUAGAACCCAGACUAAUGUGGUUACGCUGCUAAACCAACCACAUAAAAAAAAUAAAAAAACUUUAUUUCCACUUUCUGCUAUUGCCGCCACCCUCUUUGUCAUUGAUCUUUUUUUAAUGUAUAUGCUUGUUUAGUUUUUAUAAAAAGGGUGACAGUCAUGUGUAUACAUAUAUACAUACAGUCUAUAUAAGUAUAUAUAGAUGUGUGUGUAUAUUUCUUUGUUUAAAGAUGCCUCCGCUCUCAGCUCUUUGUGGUUCAUUUAGCUUCAGUCCAAUAAAAGUGAAACCUAUUUAAA